GAUUAUGAAACCAGGAACACAGACACACAUGGACACGUUCUUCUUUGGUUUUCAAGAGAAACCUAUUAUUUGAGUAAUCGUAGUAAGGUUGUAUAACAACUUUAUAGCAACUUUACAAUUAACGGCAGCCAUCUUUAUUGCGAUUUUAAUUUUAAGGAAACGCUUUUGUAACCGCUCAUUUACUCGGUCUCCAAGGUCACCAGUGGCAGUGGAUGUGGUGGGAGCUAAGCCAUCAAUACAUGUGAUUAUUUCAACGUUAAAAGGCAGAGGUGCUAGCUGAAAUAUGGCUGGACUUAUAAACUUUGAAGACGAAAAUGAAGUUAAGCAGUUUUUGGACAACCUGGGAGUGGAGUACAGCUUCCAGUGCUACAAAGAGAAGGAUCCUGAAGGGUGCCAAAGGCUCGCGGACUACAUGGAAGGGGUGAAGAAAAACUAUGAAUCUGCAGCACAGGUGCUCAAACAUAACUGUGAAACAAACGGACAUGGGGAGAGCUGCUAUAAACUGGGGGCUUACCAUGUCACAGGAAAAGGUGGAGUGACAGAGUGUCUGAAAACAGCCUACUCCUGCUUUAUGCGCUCCUGCAACGCUGGAGGAAAGAAGUCUAUAGAUGCCUGCCAUAACGUUGGUCUCUUAGCCCAUGACGGACGAACUAUGGAAGGAGAAUCUGACCCUGCAACAGCUCGGCAGUACUAUGAGAAGGCCUGUGCUGGUGGCUUUGCUCCUUCGUGCUUUAACCUCAGUGCUUUAUUCAUUGAGGGAAAUUCCAAAGGGCUGGCGCCAGAUAUGACUCUAGCUCUGAAGUACGCUAACAGGGCUUGUGAGCUGGGACAUGUGUGGGGCUGUGCCAAUGCCAGUCGCAUGUACAAACUGGGGGAUGGUACAGAAAAGGAUGAGAAGAAAGCAGAGGAGCUGAAGAAUCGAGCGAGGGAGCUGCAUGGUUUAGAGAAGAAAAGGCAGCUCAAGUUUGGGGAGUGAAUGUGGCAUAAUUGAUUAUUUUAUCAUAGUUUUGGUUUGUCUGCACAUGUGGUGUUCAGUCAGGUUGUUUGUGUUUGCACAAGCAAAAACCAGGUCUGGGAGUUCAAAGGUUGAAGGUGAUGUGUUGUUAGUUGUAAAGCAGAAUGGUCAAAUGGACGUGUGCCUCAUUUACAUUCUGUGGACAGUGAAAUUCAGGGAGCAGCAACCACUUGACUGUUUGUAUUGAUAGGUUUUGGGCAAAUGUGUGCAAGAAAUGUAAAAGCAAUAAAAUGAAUGAUUCACAUACAGUAGUUGGU